AUGGCUCCCUUGACGAGAGCUACGGGCCCGACCGGCUCCGCCGGCUUUGCCCCCGUUAAUUCUUCUCAGCCAUUUCCUUCGAACGGACACGAGGUUAUCGAGCUCGAUGACGACAGCGAUGAAGACGAUGAUCAAGCUAUGGACGAGGAUGAGGAUCUAGACACUAAUGAGGAGUAUGAGGAGGAUGACGAAGGGGAGGAAGAUGAAGACGAAGAAAUGGAUGAGACCGAGGACGGAGAGGACGAGUCACAGGACGACUACGGCGAUGAGACAAACGGCUUGAAUGGCAGUGAAUCGCCUUUGAAUUUGGCUCCCGCCCCGAAUGGUCACAAAACCCUGAACGCCCCCGCUCCCGAACUGUUUACAUCUGCUGGUGCGCAAGAAGCGCUACACCCCCUUCGCCGCACAGCCGACCGGGUAACGCGUCAAAUCGAGGCUUUCGCGGACAAGUUAGAUCGGUUCAAGCAACAGGGCAGUCGCGCCGAUGAAUUCGGAAGUUAUCAAGCUGCGUACCAGCUCGUGAAGAACUACCAAACCAUCGCGCAGGACGCCAUCAACGACAUCUCCAAGCAGAGCACCGUGCGACGCGCCAAACUGGGCUGGAACUCGAAUCGAGCCAACGGAUCCGCGCAUGACCCCAAGACCGAGGAGGAAUUGCAACGUCUUCACUUGGAAGCAAACACCUGGCAGCUUUUGCUCAAUCUCAUCAGCGUCAAUGACCCCCCCAGCAUAGCUAGUGCCAAGCAAGCCCAGGAGACCGCCUUCCAAAAACUCCACCGCUAUUCGUCCGAUCGCGAAAUCUGGGAGCAGUUCCUGGAUGCAGACCACUACGCGCUAGAAUGUGUGAUCAUUAUGAAAUGGUUGGAGCUUACCGCGAAAACCUCGGCUCAGGAUAUCGACUCGGUCAUGGCUGAGCUGGAGAAACAGGCCGAAAGGGGAGAAGGGCUAUGGACUCAUGGCUGGCUCUACACGAAGGAGGCCAUCAAGGGCCAGAAGCGGCUUAGGGCCUGGCCACAGCCCCUUGAACCCAACGAUCCCGGAAUCGCAACGUCUCUCCUAAACUCCGAGAAAACGGAACCCCUGAUCACGCAGUUGGACCCCGAUGCCAUCACUCGCCAGAAGCACGGCCUCCAAAAGCAGGACCAGUUCCAUGAGCGCGCCACGUGGAUGGCUUGCUGGAAGAUGCUCAGACAGGGGGAGGACUGGACUCGGAUCCGUGAGUGGGCACACGCACGCCUGGAGAAUUGGCGGGCAGUCAGCUUGUGUGGAUCCAGCGUGGAUAAAAAGGCGCAUGGCGAACGAACGCCGGUCGAUGAUAGUGCUACGCGCAUGAUGAAUUUCCGAUCGCAGAACACCUGGCGGGCGGCUUGCUCUGCGCUUGCUCGCAACCAGCACGCCGAGGAUUUCGAGCGGGCCGUUUACGGGCUUCUUAGCGGCGAGACGGACGCAGCCUUUAAAGUUAGUCAAAACUGGGAUGACUACAUCUACGUUUACUUCAACAAGGUCGUGCUCUCUCGCUACCAAGGGUUCUGCAAACAAUUUCAGCGAAAGCUGACCUACUCGCCCACAACUCCCGUGGCAUUUGUACCCGAACCGGCCGGCUACGCAGACGUGCACAAGUUCGUCUUGUACACCAAGGGCAACGAACGCGUCGGAGUCGAGGCGCGCAACCCGUAUCGCACCAUCCAGGCUGCGAUUAUCAGCAAAGGAUAUGAUAAUUUCUUCCAUUCCCUGGCCAAGGCAGUCUCGCAGGCGGCGACGACUAAGACAGAGCUAACGACCUUCGUCCCCGACUUGUCACCGAGUAAUGUUGAAGACUCCCUUCUCAUUGCGGCCGAAGAUGGCGACGCUCUGCGCAUUGCCACCCAUCUCUACGUCAUUGCCAACUCCCUCGGAAACGUCCGCACGGAUACUCAGUUUUCCGACGUCGCUGCCGUGAAUGUGAUCGGGUACAUCGCCAACCUCGAGGAGGCAGGCCUUGUGGAUCUUAUACCCUCCUAUGCAUCUUUGUUACCGAGAAACAUGGCACACUCCGUUCUUGGGCAGGUCUUGAUUGAGAUUGUCGACCCGCAAGAAAGGAAAUUACUCGUCAGACUCAUGGACAAGCACGCUAUUGACAUUGAAUCUGUGCUCCAAGACCAAUGGAACUGGAUCAGCGACAGCGUUUCUUCUGUGGAGCAUCAAAGGUCUCGCAAGACCUACCCCAAGGUGGUCAUUCGAAAGGAUGGAGUCCGCGAGCUCGCCCCUGUCAAGAAAGAUCUCAUCGGAACCGACCUCUCCGGUGCCGACGAGCGAAUUAUUCGCAGUCUCGAGUGGCUCCGUUAUGUUGAUGGACAAUGGGGCAGGAUCUGCCACCUUGGUGCUCAGCUUUACAAGCAAUUCUAUCUUAGUGGUAAAUUUGCCGCUGCUCGAGAGCUGAGUCACCGCAUGGGAUUGUCUGAUGUGUCGCGCGAACUCUUUGGAUUUGACGUCACCGAAUUCCCAGUAAACAUCGUUGAUGGUUUGGAGUCCUCUGUUAUCGAGCCCUCCAGCCCGACCAAGAGAUUGUUCGGGUCUCACCGACGCAGUCGGUCUGCCACCAAUGGGGUUCCAUCGAGCGGCGAGACCAAUAUACUCAUUCAACAGUCGCGACUCAUGCGGGAAUUGGAAGAAUUGGUUCUUGGCUUUGAAGCCCUGGAGGCCUUUGCCAUUACGUAUGACAAGAUUGAUAAGACCAAACAUCGACGCGACUCUGGCACCAUCCAUGAUUUGCGAGAGGCGCUUCAAGAAGCUUUAGAUGAAAUAGCAGUGCACGUUGAUGCGGUGUUGGAUGAAUGGUUAACCAUUGCUGCGGAUGAGAAUGAACAAGCUCAGCUAGAGGAGAUCCGGAACACUUACAUUCCGGAACUGUUCCUUGAUUACCAUGCUGCUCUCUAUUACUCCGCACGUGUCCUUACUAGCGAUAACCUGGUGCAAUGCAUGAAUCUAGGAAUCCAGCUAGCCGAAAACGAGUUCUUAACCCGCUGCUUUGUUACGUCCCGCCGGAUGAGGGAGCUAGUCGAAGCUCUGGCUCUCUCCAGCAAAGCUAUGGUCAACACAGGAGCGGACCCUGGAAAGAAACUCCUGGGUGGUGAAUCGUUGGGACUUUGGAACGUCACUGUACCCGAAGACGGGAAUCUCCCCGGGUCAGACUGA